UUCUGGAAGUCCAAUAUGUUAAUUCUUCGGUUGAUGCAUUUAACAAAAUAACCGCCGUUCUUUUGAAACAUUUGCAUCUAUUUGACGGCGCCAAUAAUUUCGAUUUCUUCAUGGAUUUAGAUUAUAAGGUUUUUAAGACGAAUGGCUUUGCUGAUGCGUUUUGUGGAUGAUACUCAAGGCUCGGAAUUCAAUAUCAGUAUCUGGGAUUUUUCCAACCAUACCAACCUAUGGAUUCGGCUUCCCACCUACGAGAUUGCCCUAAAAACGUUAGCUUUGCUUCCGAUCAUGAUUUUUGGUAUUCUGGGCAACGUUUCGAUUAUCGCUGUCAUUUGGAAAAUAAAGGGGAUGCGAACAUGCACGAACAUUUUCAUCUGCAAUAUGGCACUAGCUGAUCUGAUGACAAUUUUGUGCUGUUCGUGGACAAUCAUCGUUGUGGAUGCCUAUCAAAAUUUUGUCCUUGGAAAGCUCUAUUGCAAGCUGGAUGGGUUUUUCCAUGUGACUUUUUUGCUGGCAAGUGUGUUCUCACUCAUCAUCAUCUCUGGAGAUCGUUUGCUUGGAAUCGUUUUUCCUUUUUCCAAAAGGCUCAGCAAAGGACAAGCAGGAGUCAUAGUGGUGGCUACUUGGCUGGCCGCUAUGGCAUGUGCUUCGCCUACAGCAAUAUGGAGGUGGCUUCAGUCCAGGCGCUGGCAUGAUUAUGAAGAGGUUUGGUGCAAUGAGAAUGGGUUCAUUCUCAAAUUCUACUGGCUGAUCAUUUUAAUUCUGCUUGUGUAUUUACCGCUGACCGUAAUGGCCGUUGCGUAUACAGCCAUCAUUCUUCAGUUAGACAAGUAUGAGCACCAGCUCUUCCUCAGAGAGCAUCCGUUAAAGAUGAAGUACAGGAAAAAGGUGAUAAAAGUGCUCUUCAUGUAUGUUUUAAAUUACCUCGUUUGUUGGGUCCUCUUUCAAGUUGUUGUACUAUAUCGCUAUUUUAAACUUCCACAGCAAGAGCUACCCCCUUGGUAUCAGAAAGUAUAUUUUCCAGCUCAUGUCUUGACUUAUGCGCAGAGCACCAUUAACCCCAUCAUCUACGGUAUAUGCAACGAAAGUUUCCGGAAGGCUUUCCGCAUCACAUUCCGAUGCCUCUUCAAAAAUAAUAAGGUCCGUCCAACUGCAGCACCCAUCUACAUUCAUUCGCCAAAGAGAAGAAAUCAACCCCCGGACAAAGUGCAUAACAAUAUGAUGCAAAAUGGACAAAAUGGAGCCCCUAGUACUCAAGAAACGGAACUGAAAGAAACUCCAGAUAAAGAUCACAGAAGAACAAGAACUUUUAAUAUAAAUUAGUUUAACUGUUUGAUUUUAUUUUUA